AUGGGUGCAGUCAAGGCGUCUGCAUAUUCCACUGGCUGUAUGUUGUCAUUUGCUUAUAUGCCCGUUUGCAGUUGCGAUUCCUGGAGGUUGUGGAAAGGCGUCUACGGACGUUUUUGGAGUGUCUACAAUCAUUGCGCGAUGGGACAGCCAUAUGAACAUUGAAUCGGAAAACUCCAGUAAAACCGGACAUCUAGACUUUUGGACCUCCAGCGUGAAUUUUUAUGCUGCAGACGUGCCUCGAGGUUUGAACGAGUCAUGCGCUGAAGUGCUUGCCCCAAACUCGACCCUGAUGGACAAUAUUAUUUAUCACGUCUACUCUGUGCCGCUGGUCACAUGCGGUGGAUCGUUAGACAGCUUUGAAAAUCCGCGAACAGAUGAGAUUCUGAAGACUAUAAGCCGCAUAUCAUCCUCGGGCGAUACACUUUUUCACGGUUCUUUGAUAGUGAGUGUCAAAGCAAGGUACGUAUUUUGAUGUUCACAACCGUCUAAUUGCGCCUGCGCUCCCAUUCCAAAUCCCACCUUUGCCUCUCUGUUUUGGCGACUUUUCAUCUUGAAGUUAAGUAACGAGAGCUUUCAUGGGAACGAUUUAAACCCUGUCAAUCGGUCUGGCUUAAAACCGGAUGCCUCGUAUGACAAAAGCAUGUAAACGGGACGACGAACAGUGACAUCAGGUAUCCCCUAUGAAAGAGUAAUGCAAAUUAGAUCCUGGUUAAACUAAGGAAAGUCAUCCGUAUACUAUGACAAUUAUUUUGGAAAGACUAUCAAAAGCCACCAACAGAGAGCAACAUUCGAGAAGCUUUUAUUAUUCACCUUGUCUAGAAUUAGGGCAUAUAGAAUUUUUGGUGAACGUUGAGCAUCAGCGUACCGGCCAGCUAGGAAAUCAGAAAUGUAGGCAACGCGUGUGCUGGAUGGAGAAAAACGGAGAGACUUCCCAGAUCAGAUCUGGUCCAAAUACUAGGUAAUGCUCUUAUCAAGUGUAUGGUAUAACGAUUCAGUAUGUUAUUGGUGCGAAGGAAUCAGAGAAAAGGUAUCGAUCACCAGUACCCAUUUUUCGAGCUCAUGAGCUCUCGAAAUCGAAAACCACUUUUGCCCUCAGAAGUCCAUAAUUAGACUCAACAAGCGUUCCGUUGUCUACUUCCUGAUCCCAGAAACCAAUAGCGCACGGGUACAGCCUCCUCUCAAAGUCCACUCGCUCAUCAUUUAGGUUGAAGACAAGGGGGGGGGACAAUACCAUUUCGAAUAGGGAUUCGGAGAGAUUAUGUCACUCACUGACUCUCCUCACUCCCACCACGCCUUAGAGAACCAUGAAUGCCGACGACCGUUUUCGUCGUCAGUAGGUGUCCUCGGUCGGCGGUAGUUUUGCGUUUUAAAAUUAUCCUUUAGCCGAAUCUACAGUAGUCUCGCUGGACUGUGAUUGCCAAAUGCGUCGGCGUUGUGCGAGUCCGCAGUAUACGGUUAUGAACCACCCCCGUAGCAUACAUCGCGGCUGUAUCGUGGAAGCUUCCAGAGACAAGAAAUGCUAAACAGGUUGUAUUCGAGCUUUUGUUAGUCAUUGCCUCGUCUCUAACCGAGAGCAUCCGUGGUAUGUAGAACAGUAGAUAUCUUGGGCUAAUCACAUUCAAAAGGUUGAAAUAUUCCUUGAAGUGUGAAGCCUUUGAACAUUAUUCCAGUUUUCGUGGCUUUCGGUUUCAAACCGCAUUUAUAGUAGAAUGGAUGCAUACAAUUAAGGACAUGUUAGGCUUGAUCACGGGACAUUUUACCAUACCUGGAUACCUUAGGUGUUCUGGUCGGCUGUGCGCGGAACCAGCUUUGCCUAAUUAUGAAGAAAGACUUGCGAACCUACACCUUUUUAGUCGUAAACUCCUAAUUCCAAAUGCCUGUUUUCUAAGCUCUGUACCCGAGCCUAUAUCGUUAUGAUUAAUUAAUAUGCACUGAAAAAAAAUCAGGAAUUUCAGGUACGUAUUAUGACUCUUGGAAAGCACUUCUGUCUACCGCGUCCACUCCACCUGCUGCAGAAGUCAGCAAAGUUAACAGUCUUCAUUUGAUAACUGUAUUGUGUCUGUAUAAUCUGUAGAAAAAUGAAUACUUGGCCAAACUAUUUCCUGCGAGAGCGAAAUCCGGUCUCAUUUUUGCUUGUCAAUACAACUGGAAGUGCAUAAAGUUUAUGGGGAUACUAAAGGGAUCUUUAUGACCAUGUUAGGCUGAUGCGCAUGCACCCGAAGAAUUCUAAUUUGUUGGCAACCAAAACAGUGAUGUCCCAGUACUAUGCAGCUGGCUCGUUAUAACGCACUUUCAGAUGACUCCAGAUAUCAUCCAAAAUGAACAUCAGCACAGUUUUUGUCGAUUUUACCUCACAGUCCGCUCGCAUCCAUCACCAUCGAAAGCCCUGGGCUUCUUCUUUAAUAACGGCCAACUACUGCAGAGAAUAAUCACAGUCAUUAUCUGGUUUCGAUGCCGUUUAUAGCUGUGUGCAUAUGCAGAUGUCAGACCGGGCAGUUCGAUGAAGUGCUCUUUCUGUCAUGGGAAUCACCCACUCAGUGAGGUAUCAGGAAAAACUGUUUUCCCUCCAAUCGCCAGACUAACUGCCAGAAAAAAGCACACAGAGUUUGCCUGUAUUGCCGAACAUCGAGUCUCGCUCAGACUCUGUGCUCGGCCUCAAUCAAGCUAUCUGAUGACGCAGUGCCCAAAAAUUCGGACGUGCCGCACUCUACCAGUCAGUUACAUAGUGUUGACUGGUAUCCAGUCUUUUGGUUUUCGUCUGCCGUGGUCUAGAUUAACAAACAGGAUAUGAGCUAUGCCGUUCGUGGAUAUUGCCCAUUUCUUUCCGGUAGAAGACUUCUGGAAGUCAUCGUAUACUAUCAGAACGAAGCGGCAUUUGACGCUCUGCCUCCAUCGCGACUGACUGCUGCAAAUACCGAAGCAUUUAAUGGGAGUGGCUUAUGAGGGCUCCCUGAAGGGCAGUCGCUCUCUCACAAGUUCGAGAUGUGCCUUUCUCGGUUCCUCACUAAACAACAGUAAGAACCUGCGGUCUACCAAUAUUUGCCUGCCAGGAUACAUUCGAUAUGCCUGUCAGUUUUCACCCCUGUAGGUGCCUCAUUAGUUCUUCUUUGUUGAAACGGGCUUAUCGUCUUUAUCACGGCCUAAGAGUCAGGUCUUGCUGCUAACUUGCCUACCGAUAGCGGACUUCUCAACGACGUGUUGAGUCGUUGUGCCAGCCUUGCCACUGUUCACGUCUCAGACCCCCGAGAUAGUUAUAUUUGUCUUUUGACACAAGGGUUCAUAUGGCCAGCAUUUGUGUGCCUGUGUCUUUAAGAACGUGCUCGUUUAAGCAAGCAAUGCUGACUUCAUCCAUUUACGACGGAUUUCAGACCGCAUACUCGAUAUCCACCUACCUGAUAGGGCUCAGAAACUUCUGUCUCUACGGACAUCAUAUCAGUAUUCGUAAAUUGUCGUGGACAUCUGAGGGAAUUUGGUAGGUCGACGUCCCCACUCCAGUGCGGUACCGGUUUUUGCCUUUGUUGCUUGAACUGAAAGUUCACAGGGGUUAAAUUCACCUGUCUAGUAUUCCUAGUCCCUGUAAGCCUUCCUAUUCGCGUAAACUCUCCACUUUGACUAACAUACCUCUCCACGCAUGGCAGCGGGACUCAUUACGCAAUGCCCUGGGUGAAUCAGUUCAGCAUAUUCUCAACUACUGAUUGCAGUGGGAUGCUCGGCUAAACAUGUCCCAAUAACCACCACACAGCUCUCCCUCAACGGCCGCAGCAAGCCUUCUUAAAAAUGGAUCAUGCAAUACACUAUUUGUCAACUCGCGGUGACUUUAGUUUGAGGCCCGGAUAGCAUACUUCGCCGAAAGUGACGUUUCACUGUAGCCUAUGAGUGAAUUUCCCGAGGUCAGCCUACCUAAUUACGUAGUGCAGUAGCGCCGGAUAAAACAUCGCAUCUGGCUUUAAAACAGACGAAAGGUGGGGUACUGCGUCCAUCGUCGCUUCAAAAUUAUUCCACUUCUGGGGAGUGGGGUGACUCGUAACUUUCUAUUCUACCACAAGGUCAUCGCGUUCCGUGCUGUUGUUAGACCACCAGAUGGCUUUGUUUGCCAUUCUACUCCUCUUGUUUGCAUUUGCUCUCCAAUGUAUCAAUUUUUGUGCACCAAAUAAGUCCGCACUCCUAAUUAUCUUUUAUUUCGCAAUGUUUUCCAACAAUAAUAGCUGGUGUCUGUGCGUGUGAUAUUUUGCUCACACACUGCCCCCCAAACCGCUCGUCCGAUUAUCCUUCGUGAAGCCAUUAUCCCUAUGUAUUGACUCACCCUCUUUGAAUAGGUUUCAUGUCUCGUUUAGUGUGUGUGUGUGGGCCUAAUAUGCAUUUCCAUUCCCACCUGCCCAGGGACCUGCAGCUGAGGGAGGACUUCAGUUACGGCAUUCCACUUGUUCGACACCUCGGAGUGGCCGCCGUUGUGACAAUAAUUGCGGAAUAUCAGGCCAAUAUUGCGGCUAAUGGGGAAAGCUCUACCUUCGUCGCCUACACACCAACCGUCCUCUAUACAUGCCGUCCUACCAGAGAGUUUACUCCUGAGGCAGUACACUACCUGUCCGACCAACUGAGCUGUGGUUUGCUGUCGGACUCCGUUCCUGGCACACGCUUCUUUGUUGGCCUCCUUAUGGUCGUUUCUUUUCUCUACGCAGUACUGGGCAGCUACUUUGUGUGGUCACGUAAGCUUUUCUCCUCUAUACUACACUUACCAUUCAUUUCUGCCUUCACUGCUCAAGCUUCUCUUUGUAAGUCACUCAUUCCGUGUUUUAGCAGGCGUAACUUCUUGUUCCGAAUUAGAAGGACUUCAGCUGCUUUUUGUUCUGCAGCACUGGAAUGUGUAGAGUGCAUAAGGUCAGUAACCGCAUCGACUGAUUGGCAGUUACAUCGAAUGCCUUGCCUAGACCCCAUCUUUCGCCGCAGUCUACAUCCAAAUAACCUCUGUGCUUGCCGGCAAAAUUAAAUGAGGAUCCAUUAGAGAACUCUCCGACGCCCGUUAUUGCGUGUUAAGUCUGGCUCAGUUUUUGAGUAGGAGCUAGCCCCGUCGUGUCACGCACAGACCUAAGUGGCCUACCAGGCAAAUCGUUGCUCACAAGACCACCUCUAAACCUCCUGACCAAGCCUUACUAUUGCAACACGAUAAGUUAUCGCUGCCGCGUCCUCCAAUAGAGUUGGUGGUGGUUAUCACCAUAGCCAGCAAAGGAACUAUCCGUGAAUUAUAGGAGGACAUGCGGAGUAAAGAAACAUGCGAUGGCGGUUUCACAGAAUAGAUACGCGGUCAACCCACGGACUUUUAUACAGCGUCAUUUUUGAAAGCAUUUCCGCUCCUUUGAGCUUCGAAAACCCACUCUAGAGACCUUUUGCACCUCCCUCAAUUGGUGAUGGGUGAGGUAUGACUGUUCAGAUAUCGUAAUUGCGUCGAGGCGGAUUGACACGACUUCCUAGCGUACACUAAAAUAAUAUGUGACAGGUGGAUCUGGGCGCGGUAAGUCUGUCAUGACGAGGGCAUGACUAAACAUGUAGGGCUUGUGUAGACGCAUACUGUACACACUGUACACCAAAGGCUAUUUGAUGGAACCUUUUGACAGUCAUAUCCAUUUUCGGUUCUCUUUUUAGGUUGUUUGCUGAGCCUUCUCAUGACCUUCUCCCUCGUCUUCAUGUUCUUCGGCUAUAGAUUUGAAAUACUUCAGAGUAACGGUAAGUCCGGUCUUAUUUUCAGAACCCCCUUCUGGUCAGAAAUUGGUCCCCAUCCGGCCUUCUAGAAGGCAUGCCUUAUGGGAAUUGUCACAUCUUUUUGACAUGGUCUUCUCUGGAUUAUUGACUGCCGGCUCUCCCGUUCCUUCGCUCGCAAGGUAGAAAACGACCAAGGGCAGAGGCGUGUCAAACGUGCUGACGUGGGGAUCUGGAAAGUUCCGUUGUCACCUUGUCGAUGACUUGCAUCAACUAAGUCUGUGAAUGUGCGCUCAGCCGACCUGGUUAUAUGCUCACAUAAGACGUUUGUCCGAGCCCUUUAAUUUACCUGGCCCAGACUGAACACCCUCUAAAUACGUGUUAUAGCGGCAAGCAAGAAGCCUAUUUCGCCGACACCGCUCCCCUUACACCAGAUCUAGGUUAUCAAUUCUUCUUCAUGUUUAGCAUAACUGAACACCCUCAGUCCGCUCCUCUAUUCGACGAUUUCUGCGACUGUUGUUAUAACGAUGGUGGUAAAGACGGCCAUGCCGCUAGUUGUGAUGGUUGUUGUGGGGAUGGUAAUUGUGAAUAGGCCUUCUUUAUUUCCUACCUUCUUUCUUGGUCAGCGUCCGGUUGUGCGUUCAAUUCGCCGUAACCGCCGAGUGCAUGCAUCAGAAGUAAAUAUGCAAUGCCAAAGAGUAGAGCGCCGAAUUUGCCUCUAGUGUGAACCGUCCAGAUAGAUAUUAACUAAGAAUCUUCUGAGAUUAGAGUACGCUGAACUAAAACUUCUGAAACCGCCACUUACAGAAACAAAACUGUUCAAGUAGUCGGUAUGUCCUGCACGUAGUAACUUCAAGAAAGGUUCUGUUACAAUAGCAGGACACCAUCAGAUCUAACAGGUAUAGACUUCUGUUUACCUCGAGAUUCAUUAGCGCUUGAAUUCUAGCUCAUUCAUUGUCUGGACUAGUUGUCUGUUCCACAGCAGUAUUGUAUACGCAAAAGACUUAUUCACGAGCGACUGGCCAGUGAUCGUAUUUCUGCACUCCAGAUCUAUUCAGAUGCGUUUUCACGCAUGAAGUUAAACACAAAGUUCCCGUUUUAUUUGUAUAAACUCCUGACCAUUCUUUUUGGCCUAGACGGGACAAAUGACUGCUUUUGCCAACAUAUCCAUUUGUUACCAUCUUUAGUAAUGGGAAGAAUCGCGCCACGUUAAACCUGCCGGCUGACCCGUGUUUAGAAGGGCACAAGCGUAGUCCCUGGCCAGUCGGUUUUUACCGAAAUUGCCACACCCGACAUUGCCUUUUUGCAUCUUACCACUCUAUGUUUAGUGGCCGCAUGUGUCGUCUUCGGCGUCCUGAUUCCCAUCGCAACGAGCCUUUGCAUCAUGAUCGUGAUCUGGUUUGCCUGUGUUCGGCGAUCCUACUACCCCCCACCGCCUUCCAUCCCUUCGCGGCCCAACAUUUUUGCGCGUCCACCUAUCGCCUCCACCUCCGAUAUCCUGUCCGUUUCGCGUGUCAAUUUCAACCUCGACGAUACCGAAGAGGUCGGAAAUUCACGGCCCUACCAGCAUGAUGCUAGUGAUGACUACUACGAUGCCGGAAAAGUGGGUUUUGACCGAGCUGGUGGUGGGGGUGCUGGCGUCGUGGGAUCCUCCGUGAACCUCCUCUCCAAUGCCACCAACACGACCAUGGGCAUCGGUCUUAACAUGGGCUUCGACGAGAUGGGAGAGUCCUCGCCUGUCUCGGUGACCGAAAAUCGACGCGGCUGUCUCUCGUUUUGUUGUGGCCGUUUACGUCAGGCGAAUGCAUUUCGACUUCGGCGCUUCGCGCGUCUCCCACCCAUCAUCCCCGCCUCAUUCCUCAUUGCUAGUCUUAUUACUGGGGCCUGUCUACGUAAGUUAUCUGCUUUCUCACAUGACUUCCUCCUACCUUUAUCAUUACUCUUCAGCUUCUCCGAGGAAUCCCACUCUGCGAUCGGUCGAACGAAAGUUGUUUAAACUGCUGAGCGCAAGCAUACGGGCAUUUUAUAGGCCGAACCCCUCACAGCUGUGCCAUGCAGUGACAGAAUAUCGACGAAACACGCGUGUCUGGGCCUCUAGCGAGUACCUGUGCUGUUAUUAUGGUAUCCUCUAACCCUAAAAUAUGCUACUAACUGUCUGUCGACAGUUAAUGAAUAUCAUUUGGUCAUCCCGCUGUGGCUAACGGACAUCGGCCCAUAUAUGCAUACAUCAAAUUUCGGUCUGCGCCUAUAGACUUUAGAAUAUACUGACCUACUCCAAGUUCGCAGUUAAUUUCUGAGGAAAUUAAAAAGCAACAAAUCCACGACAAAUCCUCAGCCACUCAAAGCCAACCACACUGCAUCAUUUGAAAUCUCCCAUCAUUAAUGGACGACUUUUAGUUGCAUGAUAACACAAAAGCGGUAUUGAAAAUAACAUUGCUUUGGUUAGAACAACGAUCUUAAACGCAAAAAAUUCAAAAACUUAACAUUCUAUAAAGCCUGUCCUUGAAAAGAAGUAAAGGAAACACCAUAAGCAAAAUGUUUGCCAACUGACUUUUCAACGACCAAAAUAGCAUCUAAAGGGCUUCUUGGGAUAAUUUUCGGGGCGAAUAUCUUCCAAGAGCCAAUGUAAUAUGCAGUAUACAAUAUGCAAUAAUAUACAGUAUACAGCAUUCUUGAUCGUGCUUAGGGACGGCGUCUCGAGAGUUCUAUGCAUUUUUUCGGUUUUGCACUGUUCGAGAUGCGGUCGACUACAAUAAAGAGGCUUUCGCUUGAUUUCGCAGAUAGGGGCGCCACAAGCAUAAACGUUUUUAUAAUGUUGCAUGUAGGGAGCCCGGCCAGUCACAGAUAACUUGGAGUAUAGUUAGCAGAUACAAUCAUGAAAUGUCACUGAAUACUGUACUGUUUUCAGUGUUCUAGAUCGAUUGUCCAAAAUAACAGGUUCUGUCGUUUUUGUUUAUCUAAACCUUCGAAGUUAAACCGUUCUCGAAAGCUUUUUGACCGAGUACCGUGUCCUCGGACGUUAUUUUUUAUGCCGAUGACGGUUUUGGCCAUGAUUUUUGGCUCGCCCAAACGUGAAACCUGAUCAUCAGGGAAGAUAAAGUUCCACACCGAGGCCCAGUGAGGAAUCCGUUCUUGAUCAAUUUCAAAACUUGAAAAAGUAUCACACUGGGAGUAUUUCGUUGGUUCCUAUCUCUCCAAAAUAAAGUCAGGGGAAAAAUGAAACCUUUUUUCCCGCCCACACACUAUUUCAGACCGAUAUGAAUAAUUUUUCUGCCAUAAAUUAGAAAAACUGCCCAUUAUUUUUUUAGAAGCACUUUUGCCUUAUAUGCUUACUUUUAGGCUCCGUUCCACAAUUAUAAAUAUGUUACAGAGUGACCACAUAAAUACUGAAAUAUUUUCUAAACGACUAACACUGUGCCUGCUACGUAUUAGCAAAAACUAGACCGCGCAAAAAACAUCUUACUAUAUGCCCAAAAGUCCAAAUGGUUGUUUAAUGCCUGGCCUUUUCGCAGCCGUUUUUGAAAUAUUUAUAUGUGCCAGGAAAUUAGGUGUUUGUAAAAGAACGAAUUGCCCCUGGGCGUUUUUGCUUCAUUUUGAACAUAACAUUUCCCCGAAUUGCAAAUCAAUAAUUCCUUUUUUUCGGAAAUGGCCUCUUUUUCCCACCUUGUCCUACCUUAUUUAAUCAACCUGGAAAACCAGUUUUGGAUGGUUGUUUCUUAAUCUAUCCUAACUUAGAUUAAUUUCCUUCGUUAAAGAAACAUACGCGAAUUGGUGGGUGUAGUCUAGAGCAGGCUCUACCACAGGAAAUCACUUGAUUAAGAGGUAACGUUAAUUCCCACCAAAAAUUUUAAACCGUAAAGCUGGUAAAAUGUCUUGAAAACAUGUUUUCUCUGGGGAAAAUGAAUCCCGCCAGAACUUGAGCUAGUGCGUAAAAUGUGCAACGCUCGUGACACCUGGAUCUGAUUAUGUGGAUCUCGGUCAUUCUGUUUUUCGGAGUCGCAUCGCCGACUGUACAGAAUCAAGACGUCAACGUACUCGGCGCGCUCCUUUAUGCCAGUAAUUAGAUAAUCUUUCCGGAAGAGAUCGUUGGAGAUAAGCGACAGCCUUAGCACACGCCUGACGCAUCACCCAGAUCUAUGAACCCUGCGCGCACUUGUUCCCGGUCUCCGUAGGCGUUGUCGGUGAGACCUCUCGAGUUCCGCUCAGACAAGUAAUUAGUACCAGCCAGCACUAGCAAUGUUUAUUGUUAGUCUGUGACCGUAUGACCGGAGUAUCAGACCAGUUAAAAUCUGUGCAGUAUAGACUAACCGAGGAAUUUGAGUGUCGGCGACUAUGGCUGUGGAACGCACGUUCCUUCCUUUUACUUAUUGUUGUCUCUACUUUUUUGUUUUACUGUAACUGCGUGUUUAGUUACCUCACGAAGGUCCCCUUUUUCUUCUCUUCCAGCCUCCUUCCAGUUUCUUCGCAUUCCUGAAGCGCAUCUCAGUGUUUUCGUCCUCCUUGUGUUGGUGUUACUUAUUUUGCUGACUAUCUACAAGAACUUUGUGAGUCUUCGCCGUUUCUACUAUUUGUGUGGAGUUCGUUUUCUCGCUAGCGGCUUACAAUGAAAAACUUGUUAUUUUAUGCUAAAAAAUUAAGGUAGGCGAAAUCAGAGCCUCGAGGUAACUGAAGUUACCUGAAGUAUUCUUACACAUGUUCAAAUUAUCCACCCAUGGCUGACGAAUGCUCUACGUCUUCUAAAUGUUGUUCUCUUACUUAAACGCAUCGCUGGAAGUAAAGGCUUAAAAAAUAAAAGUUUUAGACAGGUCUCCCUUUUUGACUUGUGAUUGGUCUGGAGGUUGCAGCGAAGCGUUGCACAAGCCGGUUUCACGUCCGCAUGCCGAUUGGUUAAAAUAGGAUCAGGUUGCCAGUAUUCACUUAUUUCUCCGACUUAUAAAUUUUUUCAUCUUUGCCUAUUUUUGUGCAUAUCCGAAGGUAAACUGGUGAUCGUCCACCGGGCUGCGCAUAGCGACAUGUCAACGCACAUCAUUUCGCCUCAUUUCGAGGCCAUGUUUAUACAUUUAUGUCACCACACGUUGGUCAGCCUCGCUGCAAUAACCAUCUGAUCAGUAUGACAACACAGUAGACUGUCUUUACCAAGUUUGCUGUUGACAACCGAUCUUUUAGCUGCGUGAGUAAAUAGUCAUAUGUUCUCCGCUAUGCUGACGGACGCCUACUGUGAUGAACGUCCUGGGAUACACAUAGCCUAUAGAACUGGCGGGCAUCUUCUAAACAGCAGACUCAUAAUGGCCCAAACGCGGCCAUCCACGAUCACGGUCCUUGAUCUGCUCUUUACCGACGACUGCGCACUCAACACUAUGGCCGAAGAAUACAUGCGACGUGGCCAUUGAUCUCUUCGCCUCCCCCCCCCCCCGCUGCGCUCACAUCGGACUGACCAUAAAUAUGGGUAACUCGAUAGUCAUACACCAACCGCCACCGAACACUGAAUAUAACUCCCCUCGAAUCGCUGUCAACGGCAACCAACUCUAGACCGUGGACAAAUUCGCCUAUCUAGGAAGCACACUCGCGCGGCACAAGCAUCGACGACGAGGUUGCCUGUCGGCUCUCCAAAUCCAGCCUGACCUUCGGCUGGCUGCAAGCCUACUGUGUGGAAUCGUCACGGCCUUCAACUGAAGAUGUAGAGGACCGUCGUCUUGGCGACACUUCUGUACAGAGCGGUGACCGUCUGCUUCAACCAUGCCAAGAAACUCAACCACUUCCAUCUCAGCAGCCUUCGCAGAAUACAGAGGUUGAGAUGGCAGGACAGGAUCCCGGACAGGGAAGUCCUGGAACGGGCCGGAAUCUUUAGUAUCCACGCCAUACUGAGACAACACAAUUGCAAUAGAGCGGUAACCUGGUGAUAAUGAACGACGCCGGUCUAAUAAAACAGCUCUUCUACGGGGAUGUCGUCACGGAUGCUCGCUGACCGGGAGGAUCAAAAAGACGCAACAAGGACAUACUGAAGAACACUUUUAAGCGAUCGCAUAUCAUUUCAGAGGCCUGGUAGGACCUGGUCCGGAACGGGCAGGUCUGCAAAAGAGAAGUGAAGACUGGCGCAGCCAUCUACGGGGACCGGUGUCCAAAACUAGCGUUGCACGACCUUAGAAAACGCUAAAAGUAUUCUUAGCGUGGAGUAACUCGCAGAGGACUUUCCGACAAGCCAAUCUUUUGGUCUUUGGGGCCCGUUUUCUGGAGGGUCUGGGCUGAUUCUGAGACCACUGAGGCAGAUCAUCAGUUGUCCUCUGGUUCAUUGUUUUGUCCAUCUUUGCGAGCACCUGCAUCCACGCCGCCGAAAAACCGCUGUUUUGGGGGACGCCCUUUGCUCGUCUUCACGACAUGGCUGCACCAUCAACCUUGAGUUUCCUUGCAGAAAUGCCGAACUUUCAGGUCAGUUCGGGGAUCUGGGUUGCGUGGAUCGGUUUCGCCGAUAACGCACAGACCAACUCAGUGUGUUUCAUCGAGUGAAUAAAAAACUGGAGGAACUGUAGGGAGUCGAACAAAUUACCAUUCUGCCCGCUGAUAAAAGACGAUUAACGGGGAGACUACAAUGAAGAAAUUAGGGCUCUACUUGGUGACAAAGAAUUCUGCAGAUCAGCACAGAAUUCACAAGUCAUAGCACGGCAGGUCUUUUGAAUAAAUUACUUAGAGAGCUCAGGGACAAAAGUGUAGUGACGGAGAAUGGAUGGCGACAUAUGAAGCCGACGGACAUUUCUCUGGCCCGAUUCCAUGGCUUGCCAGAGAUCCGCAAACCAAACGUUCCACUGCGGCCAAUCGUUGCCCUAAAAGACGGCGCCACCCAUAAUUUGACGAAUAAGAUGCGUUCAAACUAAAGUUUCUCCGGGGCGAUCCAAGUACCUAAGUUCGUUCAGCCUCUUCGUGGUCGGAUGAUUCAAUCGGACGAAAUCAUGGCCACUUUCGACGUGAAGUCGUUAUUCCCAACUACCCUACUAGACUUGGCUUAUGGAAUCUUGCCUAAGAAACUGAAGGAGGUAUACGACGAAACUCGGAGCCCGCUCCAAAUCGAGCUUCUCACGAGGCUUUUCAAAUAUUACUAGAAAGCGCGCUUCCCCUUUGCGGGAGAAACCUAUGCUCACAUCAAGGGAACGCCAAUGGGCUCCCAAUUUCAGAUUAAGUGGCAGUAUUGGUCCUAAAAGAGCUAGAGAAGACCGCCUCAAUCCAGCGAGAGCCGAUAUUUGGCGCUGUUACGUGAACGGUACGUUUGUUAUCGUUGGGUAAAACAUGGUGCAAAGUUUCCGUUAUCCGCUUAACUCAAUAUAUCCCGGCAUGGACGGUAUGGUAUUACCGACAACGGCAAGACAGACUGGUAUACAAUUCACCAGGGAGGAGGAAAAAGAGAGCCAACUGCCCUUGAUGUGUUCGUCUGGCGAAGCCCCGAUGGCGAAAUAGAAACAAGGGUUUACAGGAGGGUAGCGAAUACCUUGCAGUUUCUGUUUUCAUAGCAAUCAUCCGGUGACCCACAAACAAAGCCUCGAGAGCCCUCUUCAAACAAAUACAGGUUUACUGCAGCAACCCGAAAGAAGAUGCACGCGAGGCCCGAUACCUCCGCAAAAAAUUAUACGGAAUGGCUAUUCGAAGGCGUUUGUUCGCCCCAGAACGGCACGGGAACACCACCGAUGGUAUCAUAUGCUCCGCCAUUCCCAAAUGACGUUUCAGAGGCGACCGGGCGCAUUUCUGGAGGACUAGGUGUUGGAGUUUUCUACCGGCCCAAAACUUUCGUACGCAGCAAGACCGUGAGAAUUAAAGACCGAUUAAAUGCGGGGGAACAGUCCGAUGUAAUGUAUCGUAUCCCAUGCUUAGACUGCCUUAGUAAUUACACAGGUCAGACUGAACGCAUGCUCAGACCGCACAUACACGAACAUAAGCUGGCUGUGUGACAAGGCGACAAAUUAUCGCAGGUGGUCGCCCAUACCUUCGAAACAGGUCACGAGUUUAAUUUCACAGCCACUGUGAUCAUCGCCCACGCCGGAAACAAGACAAGUUGAAAAUUAAUUGAAGCACGGGCGCCGGGUGAGGGCUUAGUCACUCGAUGCAUUGAUUUGACGCCGGCAUACAGGGUUCUGCGCAGCCACCUCUACCCCUACGUCACUUACUGUUGAUUGAAAAACACUCACUACAACUGUCGCGUGUUCUAUUGCAGUUUUUAGCUCUAAUGAUGGACUCCUUCAGGUGAUCGAAAGCCCAGACUAACAAGCAAAUUGUUCCGGUGCUCGACCGGUCAUGUUCUUCCUUACUCAGAGGCGGAACUAAUUGAACCUCCUAUAUUGGCUUCGACUCACUGUCCAGGUUUCUCAGCCUCGCCAGAACGACAGCUUGUGUAUCAUCUCUGUGUUGAGGCGAAUACCGCCAAAAUUCCAGCAUAUUGACUAUUACUUCUCAGAGAUCUGCUUAGUUGGUUGUGUGGACCUGGUGUCAGAGACAUCUUAGUCAUCCUCUUCCCAUUCUUAUCCAGCUCCCUACAUUGCCUUCUUAGGCUUUUGGACUGUCUGUGGGGGUGACGGGCCUCUACAUUGCCCUCUCCUGCUUUGGAAUGCUCUUCUUUCCAAAUGCCCUCCUGCCCUAUGUCCUCAUUGACCAGUUCCUCAUUCUGGCCUGGCCCAGCGCUCGUCUGCAAACGCGUCACGUUUCGGCCCACGGACGGAAUGGUACGAUCCCCACUUUCUUGUCUCGAGUGUGUUUUGUCUAGCCCUCGGUUUUUCUGUAUUUCCGACUUCCUACUACUUCGUGGUCGUAGUCACUUUCCUGAGCUGAAAGAAGAGAUCUCCAAGAGAUCGGUUGACGUUAAGGAAAACUGGGUUUAGUGUCCACUUUCAAAGUCUGCACCGCUUAACCCCGUUAAGCAAGAUUUUAAGUCGAUUUCUCAGUCAGUUGGUCAUGCCUUAAUCAGCUUUUUCCUGCCUUUGCUUCUGUAAUUGUUCGUCAUGAUUUCCACGCGGUAGAUGCACUGAAGUAACAUGGGGGGGGGGCAGAUUAGGACAUCACACGUGUUACUCGUGGUGACACUCGUGGCGCCGACUCACGCCGCACUGACUGCUUGCGCCCGAUCCACCUAUCAGAUCGCUGGACUGCCGGUCCGAGCACUGAAAUGGUGUCUGGGAAGGGGAAGAGAAUGAGGUCGACUCUGGGGACUGUCCCCACGGCACUCAGCUCAUAUCCCCAACUACAAUGAACCUGACGCUCUUGAAUCUAUCGCGACGCGCACUACGCGUGGAUUGGAAGGCUGUCAAUUGACGGGAUAACUCGGUCCUUCUCUCAGGACGAUGAAUCAGGUUGUAGUAACUCCUUCUGAAUGUGGCCUUCGGGGCACUCGCACUCAGUCGGGAGCCGAGCCUUCCCCGUUUCUUUGGGAGCGUGGUCCGUCGUGCGCGAGUCAGGCUUGUGGCACGCGUAGAUGGGCUGUUUGGCCUUGUCAGCCACUGCGUCCAAUGUCGUCCCCAGUUUUAUUGACUCCACAGUGAGUGACCGAUCUUAUGAAAUGUUGGCCAAAAUUCUGAAAUGCGUUUUCGACUAGGAAGGAUUACUUAAUCGCGGUUGUAAUACUGAUUAUCUUGCGACAAAAUCCUAUAAUAUUUCGGACUCGGCAGGAUGUCAGCUUUUGAAUACACCUCUUUUCCAUCUCUCGUAGAAACCGUACAAGGUAAAAAAUGGCUACAGAUGUAGCAUGCAUUUUUCCUGUUGCUUUUCGAUGGCCUUGCAAAUCCAAAUAUUUCUUAUAGAAACCAUAAACAAAAAUAUGCUUUCUUUCAGUCUUUUGAUAGAGAAUCACGUCUUCUUUAUAUUUUAUACUCGAAGAAGGAGUAGGAUUAGGUUUUAAGACAGUUUUCUAAUUCCCGAAUAAUUUGGAGCCUGGUCAAUCGUUACGCUAGCGCUUAGUGGUUUCACUAUACAAGGCGCAUGCGUUCCGCGUCAAAAAAUCACAUACUUCUCUAUCCCUUUAAAAAGAUAACAUACAGGGUCCAUGAAAUUUUGCAAUGGAUGCGGACAAUGUUGUACAUUUCAUGAGGAGCUGUGGUAAACGGCCAGGUACGAUGCUAUUUGAAUGGACACUGCGCGCUCUUAAAACAUAUCAUAAUUAGAAAUUUUUUAAAACCUAAUUAUACUCCUUCAUCGGGUAUAAAAUAUAAAGAAGGCACAAUUUGCUAUCGAACUCUGAAAGAAAGCCCAUUUUUGCCAAUGGUUUCUGUAAGAUAUAUUUGAAUUUUCAAGAUCAUCGAAAACCAACGGGAAAAAUGCAUGCUAUAUACGUAGUCAUUUUUUACCUUGUACGGUUUCUACGGGAGAUUGAAAAGCAGCGUAUUCAAGUGCUGACCUCCUGCCGAGUCCGAAAUAUUAUAGGAUUAUGCCGCAAGACAGUCAGUAUAGUAAUCGCGCCUAAGUAAUCGAAAACGCAUUUUAGAAUUUCAGCCAACAUUUCAUGAGAUCGGUCACUCACUGUACAUUGACACCAGGCUGAGGAGAAUGAGGGAGGAGAGAAUGAAACAGAUUCCGCGCAAGUCUGCCACCACUGUAAACUUAUUCACGCGCAUUUCACACGUGAUCGGGUCCGCGGGGGAUAUCGACGUUCGCGGCGAUCGAACUCUCGGUACGGUGUGUGAUGGUGACUUUCUUGCGUGUGUGGUCACUUGUUCCAUCAUCAUUUCUUGUGUGUGGUCACUUGUCCCAUCAUCAUUUCUUGUGUGUGGUAAAUUGUCCCAUCAUCAUUUCUUGUGGUCACUUGUCCCACCAGAAGAGGGUGAUCGAACCUGUGGGUAGCUGUCCUGCCAGAUUUUGAGAACUAAAGCCUUACGCAGCUAUUCGGAGCGCCAGCCAAAGGCAUUUGCACACAUUGCCUGACGGCGUUUUCUGCGUCAUUUGACUUACUACAAAUUGGUUGUUCCCAGCCUAUUCAUCACUUGUAUUUAACUUUAAAUUAGCCGCUUUCCAAUCGGGCAGUCCCUGAUUGGACUGAAUAAUUUGACUGGGAAAACGUUGCUGCCUAGAUAUACUGGACCGUUCUCUGAGGAUUAUGCGUCCUCACAAGAGGAAGUCUCCACCUUCGAAAUAGGUAGACCAGAAAUUGCGCCAGGACAUUAAAGUUGACGAUAGGGCAGAGCUCUUUUGAAUUGAUUUUGAGACCGUUUUCGAGGUGUUCCACAAUUUUCGAGUGAAUCCUCUACUACCAAAUCUUGCUGAAGAAUGCCCAAUGCAUGUGCAUCUGCUUUUCUUUCAUGUUGUCGGGUAAUAAUUCCAAUAGUGAAUCGAUCUUCGGCUGAACACGAACAAUAUUCGUAUGUUUUGCCCUCUUACAGUGCGUGACCGAUUUCAUGAAACAUUGGCCGAAAUUCUGAAAUGCAUUUUCGAUUAGAAAGGAUUACCUAGGUGGCGUUGUAAUGUUGCCUAUCAAACAACAAAAUCCCAUAGAAGUUCAUACUCGACAGGAUGUCGGCUUUGGGAUGCGCUCCUUUUCGACCUCCCAUAAAAGCCAUACUUGGUAAAAGAUGACUACUUAAGUAGCAUGCAUUUUGCACAUUUAUUUUCGAUGGUCAUAUAAAUUCAGAUAUUUCUUAUGGAAAGCAUGCACAAAAAUAUGUUUCCUUUUACUUGUUUGGUAGAAAGUUACAUUGUCUUUACAUUUUAUAUCCGAUGAAAACGUAUAUUCAGACUCUGAAAAAGUUUCCCAAUUCCCCAAUGGUUUUGGCCCAGAUCAGCCGUUGCAUUACAAUUUAACAAUUCCAGUCUACAAGCCGCAUACUUUCCGCACAAGAAAAAUCAUAUAUUAGUCUAUGCCUUUAAUGGAAUGCCUAUUAAUGGAAUUUUUAAGUAACUGGAUGUAAUUGUCGAAGCUAAGAGAGCUCUCUUACUUUUCUGGCAGACAUGAUCUUCCUGGUGGUCUGGCUCCUGGGCAGUCUACUCGUCGGCCUCAUCACCAUGUGCAUGCUGCGCUUCCAAGAUUCACGGGAGCACGCACGCGGCACCACCGCAAACGUCACCGCGGCUGCCUCGAAUCAGACACGUCUCGCCUUUGCCUCAGCUCAUCCCCCGGUACCGACCGCGGCAUCUCGUCACACCGGUGUGCCGUUUCUUCAACGUCUGCAUCUGAGGCGGGGCCGUGCGCGGUCGCCGGACCUGCUGCCCCUGCCGGAACCCGAUCACGAGGUUGACGCUUUCGCUGUUACCACUCAUCUGGAGCAUUCCCUGCUCACCACCGCUGGUACUGCCUGGCCGCCACAGCCCUUUGAAAGAUCCUAUCAGCCGGCGGCCAACGAACGCAGAGGGCUACUUCCUCCUCCACGGUAUGAAGUGAAUUAUUGUGGGGUUUUUGAUUGUCUGAUAAGCGAUUGCUUUGCCAAUCACCCGGAAACAGUGCGAUCCCUUUCCUGUUGAUGUCGUAGUACGCUGCUGUUGGCGGCCUUGAAUUCUCUUGGUUGACGCAUUUAUUUACAAGCUUCUAUUCCAAUGCAUGUGUUGACUGUAUUCGAACAUAAAUGCAAGUAAGUGACUGAGGAAGCCCGGGAAGAGUGACCAGCCUGGUGGAUAGGCAGUAGUGCCAAAUGCCCUGUUACGCAUGGUGGUCAUACUUCUCCGCUUCAACCUCAUGUCUCACCCUUUGUGGCUCUAGGAGUCUGCACUCUGUUUACCUCUUCGACUGGCCAACGAAAUUAAUUAGAGAUAGCCGUGAAUUUGUGCGCGAAGCCCGGUUCAGUUUUGAAAAGAAAGAACCUUGUCGUGGCACACGUAAUCGGAAACCUCUUGACGGGUCACUUGCUGCAUCCGCUCUCAUUACCAGUCGCACUUACGCAUUUUUACCACUGAUUCGCAAGGGAUAUGAGGCCUUCUACACUGCAGUCCAUUUCGCCCUCAAGUCACCACCAACAUCGACUCUACGGCCAACCUCUACGUCCCUGUCUGAAUUGUGAGUGCACUUCCCCGACCCGAGUCGCCGGAAGUGGACUCCUCUAUGCCCACCUUUACAUGAACAAAUCAACCUGUUACUGCUCAACUCACUUCGACACCUGAAGCUCCGCCACACCAGCUCGCUGAGACCGACCGCAAGAGCGGAUUUGCGGCGUCUCCGGCUCUGACGGAAAGCAGGAGGAAUGGAACGCUCGAUGUAAUAGUUAGGACACAUAUGUAGGCGCGCGUUGCCUUCAGUUAUCACUUUUCUCACGGUAAGCGCUGACGGACUAUCGAUUUCGGUCAGUCACACGCGCCGAACUCUAACACCGGAUGGUUGACAUGCUCGGAUAGUCAACUAGUGGACAGAUGAGGGAAGAGAGUGAAGUCGACGCUGAGAACUCCGUUGCCAUGACACUUCAAGAAAUUCCUUAAGAUGACCAAUCUAACAGGCUUCGGAACACUCAUGACGCGCCAAAAGUUGGAAAGCCGCCUACGGACGGGGUAACUCCUUUUCCCUUAGGACAGAGCAUCAGGCUGUAAUGACUCAUUUUUAAUGUGCCCUAUGUAGAACUCUGAUUCUUAUUGAUCCGAGACGUCCCCCUGUUUCUGCGAAGACCCGGUCGCUUGUCUACGGACCAGGUCGUUCGUGGCACGCGUAGACGGAUUGCUUAACUUUGUCAGUCACCGCGGCCCAUCCUGUCUCCGGUCGCACUGACUUUGUCAUGUCAAGAGGACGGGGAAGGGGGGGGGCGAGUGCGACAGAUGCCGCGGAAGUCUCCAAUCACUACAAACUAAUUCACGCGCAAGACACCGUCCUGCGCCCACCCUGUCAUAAGGCACACGGUGGUCAUCGCCAUUCGCGACGUCGACCUGACAUCUGUGAGGGCCUUCUUCACGCCGAAUUUGGCUGAUUCCAUGUCACGGGAUCGCCACAUUUCGAAUGACCACCUAUAGUCGACCUGCGAAAGAAUCUCUAGCUAGGUUGACAAACUUAGCAGUUACCAUCCGAAGACCGCAGAACCAGAAGCGUGCUCGAGGUCAGGUUCCACCAACUCUAUCCUACAUGUUCAAUUGACCAAUCCGAUGCUCUUUUCACCCGAGUUCGAGCGAGUUGACGUUCUGGACAAUUCUGCUUUCGGCUCGACUCACCACAUGGCUGACCGUGUCAUCCAGCCGGUGGAGUGGACGUAGUUGACGUUUUAUAGUUCGAGCCGACUGGAUAGAUGUUAGGUGGAGGCAUGGUGGAGAACAAGAUUCUGAGAAUGAAUUGCUAGUGUCUCCGAUCGGAUACUUCCAGGCGAUGGAUGUCAUUUUGACCAGGACCAUGUCUCAUUCGUAUAGAUGAGUUUUUAUGGCUUAAACCUCAUAUAUCCACAGCUCUUUUCAACCUGAUUUCACACCGAUUUAAGAGGUUUCUAGGAAGUCUGAUUCAUGCUGCGCGUCCACCCGUUUGUUUUGACGACGGUUUUCAUCUUCUCGUCUGUUUCACAGAAAUUGCGGCCGAAGGUUGCGGAUGUGUUCUUUAACUCCCUACGAGAAACCCGAGGCAGUAAUCUUCGUCUGGAAGUACUUCAUUUUCAGACCCCCUUCGGGUGCCUUUUCGCGUAUCUGGUACGAAGCGCGAUGCAUUUCUAUAGCGGAACCCAUCACCACCGUAACCUCAGCCCAUAAUGCACGAACCAUGACGUGCUAUAAGGCCAAGAUGGUCUGCCUGUGAUUGCCCGAAAACACAGUCUAUUACGUAGUUGCGCACAUUUGGUGGAAAAAGAACGUCAGUUAUGACGUCCAAAUAAUCACUCUCCCUGUCAUUCACAUAGCCUUUGAACCUUAUGGACUGCAGUUGAUCUUCCUGGUUUCUGCGCCAGACCAUCGUACAGCAUAGAUGAUAGCGGCAAAUCCCUGUGGGCGGAGUAUAAUGCGAAAGAGACAUCUGCGAAACAUGCAAGGCAACAAUAAAGUUGCCUGACAAAACAUUCAAUCACCAGGCCCCUCACGAUCGGCAAUAGGUUGGUUAUUGGCAGAAUUGCGUUACCGACAAGGACAAAGUGGACUGGAAUGGUCAUUUCUGGCUUAUUAGCCGUCGUCAUCCAGUCAUGCCCCAACCUCGAAGUGUGGAACACCCGAGGCUCUAACUCGCGACCUGUUAGAAGUCCACGCCUCUAACCACUGGGCCACGAGUCCGUUGCCCUGUCGGUUUUCGAUCGGGAAUAUACAAUGGCAGGGGGCGCUCACCAGUCGUUCAUACGGAACUCACUCGUUCCGUUGUGCCUUAGGAGCCCAGCCAGCAGCCGCAAAGCGGCGCAUGAUAUAGGCAGAAUGACAUUACCGACAAAGACAAGGGAGACUGGAAUGGUUAUUGCAAGCCACGAAUUCUGCCGCAUGCCUCAUGGAGUGGGUUCAACACCGCUGACCUGCGCAGUUUCUGCCGCACCCUCCUUCACUCGCCUCUGAUGGCAAAACAGUGUUAAAACCACCCGAGGCGGACUCGGAAACAGUGGCUGAGAAAGACAAACGGCCCAUCUACACGCACUACACACGACAUGGUCCCUAUUUCAACUACCAGGUCACUCUGAGGGCGGCAUAAACGUCACGUUAAGACGGAGCCAUUGCAGCCCGGCCUUCGGCCCUCGAAUCACUCCAAAAUGCUCUCUUGACCGGAUAUCCCGUCGGUUGACAAACUCCCAAACUGUGACUCUUGGCGCAUCGUAAUAGAUUCACUCGCGUCAGACUUAUCAUAGUGGGAAUUGCUCUGACUAGCCGUAGGAAUGGAUUUCCCAGCGUCAGCCCCACACUCUCCCUCCCCCUUUCGUGAAACAGUCGACUGUCUGAGACUGUCAGCCAGCUGCUUUUGGUGCGGUAGCUGGCUCGGGUUGGGGCCUGCGUACAGGUGUGCCACCAUACAGCAAUAGUUAUGGGCUCCUUGUCUAAGGAUCCUCCUAAAGAUCUCCUCUGCGUGUCGUCAGCAUCUAGUUACGUUGGCAACAGCAGCACAAAUAUGCACAAGUACAAUUUUUCUAUGAAUUCGUUUCGCAGCCCACAAAGGAGACUUUUGAUGGCCCACUCAUAAUGAUUGUCGGCCUAAGCUGCCAGUGACUCUAUCGUAAUGAAGGUGGAAUCAUUUAACCGUCCCUGAUUAUGAUCUGGCAAGCGCGCUCCUGAGAAAUAACCAACAUCCACAUUGUUCUCGCGUAUGGUUAAUGUCUGUGGUGCCGCUGCGAGGUGAAUUCUCGCACUCCAGAUUGCUGCGAUGCAGGAUUUUCCUUGCAUGUUUUCUCAUGCGGCCAACAGUCAAGCGUGCGGAUGCAUCAGUACUCGCGGAGUCCGCGUUCGCAUGAUUUUUAGAGACUUGGCACAGGCUAGUUGCCUUCAUUUCUCAAUUCGGCCCCUGAGUAGAGGUCUGGCCGUCAAAGUGGCGGUCGCGGGAAGAACCUUUUUGGCAGAUAGCUUACAGUAGGUGGGCUAACUCAUGAAACGUCAACCGAAAUUUCGAAAUGCGUUCUCGUUUCGAAAAGAUUAGUUAAGUAGGGUUGUAAAACUGACCAUCCUGCAGCAUAAUUCUAUAAUGACCCAGUUACCUUGUGGGUGUCGGCUUUCGAAAGAACUUAUUUUCGGCUGCAUGCAAUAACUACACACUGCAACAAUGACUAGUUAUGUAGCAGGAAAUUUUCUCAUUGAUUUUCGAUGCUCUUGAAAAUUCAAUUGUAUUUCAUGGAAAACAUGCAUAAAAAUAUUCAUUAUUUUACUUAUUCUGUAGGAAAUCACGUCUUCUUCCAAUUUUACACUCGAAAGAAGGCUAUCAUUCGGUUUUAAAAAGUUUCUUAUAGUGAGAUUUUUUAAUACCGUGAAAUGACCGUUCAUGUACCGUAGAGAAAUACAUGAUUUUCCGUAAACGGAAAAUAUACGGAUUGUAGUCUUGAAACCCUGAAUGCAAGUUUAACAGUAGGUCGGGUUGAAAAUUAUUCGGGAAUUAGAAAAGUUUUUUAACACCGAAUGAUACCCUUCUUUCGAGUAUAAAAUUGGAAGAAGACGUGAUUUUCUACCGAAUAAGUAAAAUAAUUAAUAUUUUUAUGCAUGUUUUCCACGAAAUGUAAUUGAAUUUUCAAGAGCAUCGAAAAUCAAUGAGAAAAUUGCAUACUACUUAAGUAGUCAUUUUUUGCAGAGUAUAGAUCUUGCAUGCAGCCAAAAAUAAGUUCUUUCGAAAGCCGGCACCCUGAGGUAACUGGGUCAUUAUAGAAAUAUGCUGCAUGAUGGUUAGUUUUACAGCCCCACUUAAUUAAUCUUUUCGAAACGAGAACGCAUUUCGAAAUUUCGGUUGACAUUUCAUGAAUUAGCCCACCCACUGUACGUCUGCCACGUCGCGCUUUCGUCGUCCGAUUCUGCAGCAUGUCCGUGCUACUUGGUUGUCAUACCUCAAUCCUCCGCAUCAUAACGCUGCCUCCAUAGCCAACCUCGACUUAUCGCCAUUUCACUGCCGACCAACCGUAGGCUUGGCAGGUUAACCGGCAGCCAGGCACGCUCCGUCUGCCAGGAGCUUCAUCUGCGCGUAGCCAGUAAAAUCAUAUUUACCCGUCUUGUUUGGACCCAUCCAAGCAUCGGUUUAGACCGUGAUAAACUGUGAUAGGACCGGCAUCUGCGAAGGCGCGAUUCUGAUGGUUCCUUGUGCCAGAGAUCAGAGCCUUCCAACUUUCCUACCGGAGGGGAUGCAAAUUUUUUGUGACGUUUCAACCACGUCUGUCUGUUAUAUUUAUGAGCUCUUAACCGCCCUAAAGACACGUCCACUUGUUUUUUUUUAUCGAGAACACGUCUUAAUCUCGUAAGCUGGUCUUAGACACUUUUAUUCUUUAUUUCCAGUCAACGUGCAUUUCAAGGCUACGGCGGUCUGACUGACAACACGUCCCCGCUGGCCCCAAUGAGCCGUGUUCAAAUCGCCGCUGCUGCUUCCUCGAACCUCUCCCCUCUGCCUCAGUUGAAUCCAUUUGCCAGACAUGCCAAUGACAUGGAAGAGCAUGCAGACUCCGGUGCGCCCUCUCAUUGUACUUCGCCGAUAGGCCGCGUCGUUUCGAGACCACUUCUGGAAAUACCACCGCCUGCUUACUCAGAUAUCCGAAAUGAUUAG